AUGCAGUCUGCCGCGACACGACAUUCUGUACAAGUCCCCCUAGUCCAGUUACAUAUGAACCCGAUCAUCAAGGGCAAGAAAAAAGUCGCACCAAAAGACGGCCCAUCUGGUCACCAGUCGUCACCACACACCUUCCCACAUCAUCCCGGCGUUGGCCUUGCUCUCCCUCGUCUCACAGGUGGUCGCAAACAUCAGAUAUAUAAAACCCAUCAGUGCCUCCCUUGUUGCGCUCGACGAGACCUGGAACUCGACCGGUGUCGCGAUCCAACGCAAACCACACGCCGCAUCCUGAAACAAUUUCCGAUCUUUGUUGCUGCCAGCCUCUCACUCGAUCUUGUCUGUCAUCCUAAAUUCUUCGCCUUUGUGCUAGUUGUAUCGACCUGCACCGAGUCGGCAGACUUGUACCAUCUUGAAUUUCCUCCCAACUUCGCCAUCGGCUGUGGCACGGAAACUGCUUCGAUGAUGGCAUCAUCACCAACCUAUAGCUGCAGCGGAUCCAGCGGCUCCAGCAACUGUUCAUGGCAAGAGCGUUUAGAAGAUUUCUGUCAAAAGGCCCAAUUGACUUCUCCCAUCUUCCACAUUGUGUCCGAUCGCCGAGGUGGACGCACUGCCUGGUCCAGCAGAGUGACUGUUUACGGACAAACACUAGCGGCAAGAUAUUGGUACGACGGCAAAAAUCUUAACAAUGCCCGGGAAGAUGCUGCCGAGCGCGCUUUCCUCUGGCUUGUCACAGCAACCGGCCAGUCAAACAGCCAGCUGUGCGGUUCGUGGUAG